AUGGGUGACUUCACACUCCUUAAAUCUCUAAUUCUAGUAUUUUUUAUCUAUAUGGUAAUCGGCACAUCCAAGAUAAACAAGCGCCGCGUUCUCUUUCCUGCGAGACUGUAUUGGUGUUGUGAUAACAUAACUGAGAGAGAUCCCGCUCGAUCCACGAGACGUGGAAUAUUCAUUGCCUUGGACAUGGCGUUUGCAACCCACGGAUCAGCAGGAAGCGUUGCCAUGCCAACGACCCUCCGCCAGCUGCAACUCAAUAUCGUCAACACUACCGCUCGAAAGCAGCUCGAGCUCAUGCAAUAUCUCCAUCCAGCUUUACUUAUAUUUCCGGCACUGGUUAUAUUCAACAGACCGGGUACUUGA